GGAAUCCAUUUUAACUGGAAAUUCGAGACAGUGUGCUGAGACGGUCAUUAAUGGAGACCUUAUCUUGUUCUUCUGUGAGAGCUGCUCCGGCGAAGUUCUCCUCACGGGAACUUUCUGCAGUGCCUGUUUCUGGCUCUGCAACUACUGUAUCUAGAUUUUCAUUACCAACCAUGUUGUUUCUACAGUCAACAACUGCAAAACGGUCUUCAGCACCCGCCAAAACUCUUUCUUCAAGAAUACCCGCAGCAAUAACGGCCACGGUGAGCACUGACAGUACGGACGCAGUCGGCUCUGUUCGUCCCAAAAAGGUUUUGGUCCCAAUUGGAUUUGGCAGUGAGGAAAUGGAAGCUGUUAUAUUAGUUUAUGUUUUGCGUCAGGCAGGUGCAGAGGUGACUGUGGCCUCUGUAGAGCCACAGCUUGAGGUGGAAGCAUCCUCUGGUACUACAUUGGUAGCAGAUACCUCCAUAUCCUCCUGUUCUAAUCAAGUUUUUGAGCUGGUGGCAUUACCGGGAGGAAUGCCUGGAUCAGCACGAUUAAGAGAUUGUGAAACCCUAAAGAAAAUUACAAGCAAACAUGCUGAGGAAAAGAGGCUGUAUGGAGCUAUAUCUGCUGCUCCAGCUGUCACACUUCUGCCAUGGGGACUCAUAAGGAAAAGACAGACAACAUGCCACCCUGCAUUCAUGGACAAGCUUCCAACUUUUUGGGCUGUCAAAUCAAACAUUCAAGUUUCAGGAGAGCUUACAACAAGCCGUGGUCCAGGAACUUGUUUCCAGUUUGCCCUGUCCUUAGUUGAACAGCUAUUUGGGGAGUCUGUUGCCAAAGGGAUAGCAGAAUCCUUGCUAUUGUGUGCUGCUGCUGAUAAUCCUGGGAAAGAAGAAUUCAACAAAGUUGAUUGGUCUGCUGACCACACUCCUUAUGUGAGUAAUCACUAGUUGCUUCAAUUGCUGCUUAAUUGGAUAUAUCUUAAGUAUUUGUUUACAUGUUCAGAGCCAUGCUAUCAACAAACCACAUU